AAUUUUGGGGUGCCCUACCUGCUGCCAUCCUACCCAGUAAAGUCAUCGUUCCCUCCCAAAAUCCAAUCAAAACCGCGCGCGUAUCACGUUCUUCGCGUGUGCGCUGUUCUGGAAAGGCGGAUCGGGCCGCCCUUUCCCUCCCAAAUUGCCCACCCUACAAAUCUCUCUCUCUCUCUGCGCCACGCCACCACCCCCCCCCCACCCUCCGACGAAGGGCGGCUUGCGAGAAGUGUUACUGUUUUGUGGAAGAAAUCUUGUGUUUGACAACCCAGAAAAAAGUGUGCAUAAUGAGUGAUGGUGGUUCCCAAGAUGGGGCUCCCCGCAACCAGACUGUUUUGGGCGAUAUAACCAAUGUUUGUGGCAAAAGGCCAUUGUCAUUGGAUUCAGAAAAAAAUGAUGCUGAGAACAAGAUUGGGAGGUAUAAGGGCACUCAGCAGACUGGUUUUAGGGAUGCUGAUUUUGCAAGAAAGUUACAUGAAAUGGUGGAGAAUGUAACUGCCAGGAAGGUCAACACUGGUCCUGCAUUUGAAAUGUGUGAAGAUGUGGUAGACCGCAAGGGCAAAGGUAUCUCCUUUGGUAAUGCUAAGCAACCCUGCCGAUCUGUGAACCUUUAUGCCGAAGUUGGUCCAAACCAAGAAAAUGUGGGAUUUGGUAUCUUAGAUAUUGCCAAGGCUACUAAUGAUCUUUCUAGUUUGUUUGGUCAACGAAGUGAUUCGAUAGCACACAUGACUGUUGAAGUUGACAGGUUAGGAAAUAGUCAUAUGCCUUUUGAUUCUGUACCUGGGCAAGGUGACAGAGCAAAAGAGUUAUCACUUGAAUUAGAAGAAGACCGUCAAGAGGAUCAUAUAAGGUAUGGUACAGAUUCUGUGAGGCAUACCAUGAAACCUGAUAUGGACCGUGGUAAAUCUUCGGCUUCAAGUUUUAACAAUUUGAAUACCAUUAGUUUGAAGGGAAACAAUGUGGAUGGUGGUGAAUGUUUGACUGAAAACCAGUCGGAAGAAUCAGGCUUUUUAAAAUGCUUGAUGCCAUUUGGGUCAUUGGAUUUCAAAAUGGCUAACAUGGAGGGAUUUUUAAAUGCCAGUGCUGCUUCAAAUGUUGGAUCAAGCAUUAAUGGUGAAGGCAGCAUGGGCUCCGAAAAAUCUUCUGCUUAUAUGUGGACAGAUCUUCAUUACCAGGAUACCAGAGGCCGGCUAGCUGCAUUGAAGAAGAGCAAAAGGCUUGCUAGGUCUUUAGAAGCAAGAUGCUAUGGUCAUGAUUAUACUUCCAAAACUGCUCGAGACAACUCAAAAAAAUCUACAGAGAUAGAGUUUGAGCUCAUGCAGCGCUGGAGAUCACUUUUCCUUCAUACAGAAAAUGUCCUUGUGCGUGAAACUGCACAUCUGCAUUCCGCUCUUCUUAAGCUAAAGGAAUUGAGGGAGAAUUGCAAGAGAAAUUUGGAGAUGACUAGCAUGGUACCUUCUGAGAAGUGAUUACUGUAUGUUGUUUCUGAGGUAUCAUCUGUAAGUUGUUUGUCCAGAUGUAGUUCAUAGAAUGCUAUUUGGAAGGAGAUGUUUGUUGAAAAUGAGAGGGUUAAUUAAGAUUUAAAAUUUUUCACCUGCAAAUGGUGCCUUCUUGUGUAGAAAAUUCACAGCCAAUGAUUUGAUAUUUCCUGCAAUUAUGACUAGCAGAUGAUAUGAUGAAAUAGUAGUUUUAGCAAGUUGAACUAAA